GCACUUUAACAACUCUACCUGACCUGAGACUGUACUGGCUAUCCUCCAACAAGACCAAGAAGAGUCCGCGGUCUUUUAUAGUCCAUUAUUGGGAUUAUUUCAAGCAGAGUGCGAACUGAAAACCAUGAGCCAUCACAACCCAGGACUUAUUUCAGCCUACAACAGCCUCACAGACAAACAUCUUGCAGAGUACUUUAGCAACAGUCGAAUCAGGAGACACUUACAAAGAGCAGGACUGAUCACCAGGAGUGGGCGUAUUGUUCCAGACAAGGAGUACAGAUACAAGCUGCUUCAGAGAGCCCACCAGAGACAUGUCCGAGAAUGCCUGGCCCAGGCCAUCUUCCACAAGGUGCUGGAGAUGGAACGUCUCCACCAAAUCGAGAUCAAAAAGAGGCUGGAGGAGUUGGCAAGGAGGGAAAGAAUGCACAAGAUCAAGGUGGAGCGUUCUAAAAGGUGUGAGGAAGAUAUUGUUCGCAUCCUGUCUCCACACCCACCCACGGGUACCAGGAGUAUCCGCAAACAGCGCUCUGGGCUAGUGAGGGAGCCCUCUGAAUCCUCUGGUUCUCCGAGCUCGUCUCGACCCAAUACGGCUCCAGGGAAGAUGCAGAGGCCGGUGCGCCUGAAGCCCAUCCACAGUAAGAGCACUACAGCUUCAGCUCGACGUGGCUCGUACAGACUGCAAGAGUCCUGCCUUUACAACGACCAGCUGUUCAACAGCACUAUGGAUGAGUCCCGCAGAUGUUUGGCCACAACGGAGGCCUCCAAUGGCACCUCUCCCUACUCCCUCCCAGUCAUCAACAACUUUUUAACACCAGUACCUCCAGCCAUGAAGAGGAAAGAGAGGGGGGUAAAGGUCACUCCCAGCAGCACCAUCAGAGGCCGCCGACUGCGCACUGCCACUGCUUCCACUGCGACUGACGUCAGUGAGGACCCCCCAUGGCUGAGAACCACUGUUCACCAGAGCCGAGUGUGUGUGAACAUGGUGUAUUUUGGCAAAACGCUACACCUGUCCCAUGACCUGAAUGACAUGAGGGAUGAGGUUAAAGUGUUUCAGCAGCACUGUGGAGGGGAAAACCUUUGCGUGUACAAAGGAAAGCUGCUUGAGGGAGAGACUUUUAAGUUCAUUUCAAGGCGGCACAGAGGUUUCCCCUUCAGCUUGACCUUCUUCCUGAACGGACUGCAGGUGGAGCGGCUGAGCUCCUGUUGUGAGUUCAAGCACCGGAAAGGCUCUCGCCUUGGCGGCAGGCAUGGGCACUUCGGGCUUUCUAGCGUGGAGGGUGCAUCUCCAUGUUACAAGUGCAUCAUUGCAAUGGGACUGGACAAAAAGCCCACUCCUCCACCAAAGAGGCUCAGAGGAGAUUGUCCAGAGGAAUCAGCCAUGAGCUCAAAACAUCCACCUGAAAUGGAGACAGAGAGGACUGGGAAGUGUGAAACCAGCCAAACAUAUGACACGGAGACUCAAGUCCCAGAACAAACAGCACCAGCAGAAGACAAAGUCAGAGAUGACUACGAAGAAGACUUUGAAGCAGAUGAAGGUCCUUUAGAAGAGACACCGGCUAAAGAAGAGAAAUCACCUACUCCAUCUAGUGACACUGAAAAGCAGGUUAAAGAGAAAGAUGCCUCUGAAACUGAGGACGAGAUGGAUGACAUAGGGUCUGAUUCAGGCUCCUCCAGCUUGUCAGGCAGCGAUCGGGAGGAGAGCGAUGCUGAAGUCAUAAAAGACGAGGAUGAGAAUCAGACUAAAGAGGAUGAUCGAGAAGAAGCUGCUGCUCCAAGAGACGAGAACGAUGAAAGAAAUCCUGAAGAAACUACUGCUAGUGGGGCAGAGUCUGCUCUGGCCAAAGCCUCAGAAACCCAGGACAGUGCUGGUGAGAACAAAAAGACCAGCCCCCCCUCUGGGAAUGAGCAUAAACCCAGUGAUAAAACAUCAGCAGACCAAAAAACAGUAGAGAAGAGCAAAUAUUUGGAGGAACAGGAGAAGGUAGAGUCCAUCCUGAAGGCCCAGUGCAGCUCUGAACCUGAACUCAGUGAUGCCAGUACUGAGGAGGAGGAGCCCUCACAUAAAGGUCCUGGACAGGAAGACAAAUGUGAAACUCCAGACACGCUUGUUACCUUUUCAGAGCAACAGCAGACACCUGUAGAAGAGAUCAAAUGUGAGGAAACUGUUACUAGUGAAGUGGUGCAGAAACAAGAAGAGAAACACAAUGAUGCAGAGCAAGAGCCUUGUGACAACAGCAAUAGCACCAAAGAUGACAAGGUUACGGGGGCCGAGGAAGAUGAAAGUGCCGGAGAGGAUAAAGCCACUGCAGAGAGAGAGAAAUCAGAGGAUCAAGGUGAAGCACAGCUUACUCUAAGUGAGGAAAAUAUGGCACAAGAUAACAAGAUGGCAGAUCCCGUUGAGGAAGCUCAAUCUGCUGAUGCUGCAGAAGAGAAUGCUGAAGAAAGGGAGGAGAAGAGUACUGCAGAGACUGAAAUACAGCCCGACAAGACGGGGCAAAGGGCAAAAAGCAAAAAAGAGGAUGACUCAUCAGUAUCAGAGCCGAGUGAAAAGACUGAUGAGGCAGUCGUGCCUGAUAAUGCAGAGGCGGAGGCGGAGGCAUUAAGGGAGACAAUGGAGAUCAAAGCAGAGUCCUCAGAGGAGCAAGACGUCCUCAGCUGUGAAGAGGCACCUGAAGCCGGCACAGAGAAGAGGCUGCAGGCAGACGGCGAGGACAGAGCUGCAACACCACAAACUGUAGUCAACGCAGAGAAUUCAAGCAGCUUGCCACAGGAGCAUGGAGACAGCACAGUUCAAGAAACAGCAGACACAAGCGAGGAAAAGGGAAGAGAUGAGAGAGGUGAAGAUGAAAAUAAAGAAGCUGCUGAACAAAUGUCAGGAGCUAACGAUCGUAUGAACGAAAGUCGGCAGGAAAAGUGUGAGCCGGGAGAGGAGACGAUGGAAAAAGUUGUAGAAGAACAUGAAAAGAUAAAGAAACAAAACUCUGAGAAUGAGGAGAAUGAGGAAGAAGAAAAACAAACUCAUAUCAAUUCAGAUGAGACAGAAGAUGAAAAAACCCAGGAAAAUAAUAAAGCAGAGGAAGAGGGCAAUGAUGAAAGCAAGACAGAUGAAAGUAUUUCAAAAAAGGAAAGCUUUGCAGAGGCAAGUGCAAAUGAUACAAAUACAAAAGGUGAAGAAAAUAAAGAGGAAGCUGAGAUUACUCUUGAUGAGGAAGAUAAAGUAAAUCAGGAGAACAUAGAAGAACAAGAAAAGACUGGCAAAGGAGAGGAUUGUGAACAUGUUGAAAAUACAAAACUGGAACCUGAAUCAAAGAGAGAUAAUAAAAGUUAUGAGGGUGAAGAAAGAAAUGAGACAAAAAUGCCUGCGGAUGAAAAAGAUGAUGAAGUAGAAAAGCCAGAGGAAGAUGAUAGUGAAGACAAAGUUACAGAGAUUAAAAAUGAUGAAGAAUGCGAAGAGAAAAAAGAUGCAACCGAAGAGACCACAGGAGAACCUGAGAUUACAGAGGAACCUGGAGUAAGUGCAGAAGCAGACUUGGAUCAAGAGAACCUGGAAUUAUGUUCGGCCAAUAAUGUAGAGUCAGAGGACGCCGGUGGCACUGAAGCCAUUAAAGGAAAAGAAACAACUGAAGAGACACAAAAUAUAUCAGAAGUUGAAAAUGUUGGCGGAGACACUGAAAGAUCAAGUGACAAAGGAGAAAUUGAUGCUGAAAAUGGGGAGAUUUCUGUUGGAUCUGCAAGCAAACUUCAAGAGGAUGAAGAAGAAAUUUUAGACAAAGAAAACACUGACUUGAAAACAUCAGGUGGAGGUGAAGAAGUGAGGGACACAGAGGAGUUAAUUGAAGGUGAUAACUCGGAACUUAAAGACGUGAUUGUAGUGCGUGGAGACACUGCUGAAAAGCGUGAGGAUGUUGAUGUUGAGUCGGAAAUAUCUGGUACAGAAUCAAAAUUGGACCCUACAUUAGGUGAGAGAAAAGCCAGGGAGGAAAUGGAGCCUGAUAAACGUGGUAAUAAGUCUGAUCUCAGUCAUCGAAACAGGGAGUUGGAUUUCAUGGAAAAUAGCGGCCUCACUGAGAGCAUCAUCGAUGAGGCUGCUCCCUCAGAGGAUCUGGAAAAGUCCUCCAUGCUCAUAGCUGUUGAUGUAGGAGGUUCAGCUAACCAGGUAGAUGAGAAGACGUUUGAGUCCAAGACUGACAAACAGCCUACGACUAAUGAAAAUGCAGCUGGAACCGACCUCUCUGCUGCAGACGGAGAAAAUCGAGCGGAUACAGAGGAUGCGAGCAACGCCUCUGAGGAGGGAGCGAGCGUGCUGUUCAAACCUCAGGCACAAAACAAUAAGGCGGAUGACGCACAACAGACCAACGCUGUAGAUGAUGAAGAAACUCCAGAGGCCUUAGUGAGAGAAGUCAACAUAGAUUUGGUCACAAACUGGAUAAACACGCACCAAACGUCAAAGUUUUUUGAGACAUAUGUCGAGCCCUUAGAGGAUCUGAGGGAAGAUAUUUCAAAUGCACAAGGAUCCAACUCUGACGAUAUAAAAUCAUCCUCCACAGAGCUGCCAGGAUCAGAGAGCAUAAGAAAUCGUGCACGGAUGUCUGGAGAUGAAGAAGAAGUGCACAAGACAGUAGAUGAAAAGGAGAGAAAGGAGACAUUUCACAUAGAAGCUUUGCAGUCAAAGCUUGAAGACGUUCAUGGUGACGGUAGACAGUCUGAGAUUGACCCCACCGAAGCCACACUUCAGGCGGAGAAGACUGAGGGGAAGUUUCCAAUGCUAAAUGAAGACACUGGAGACAAUGACAAAGAGUGUGUGAAAAGGAUGGAGAAGUCAGAGGAGUACAAGGGAAGCAGGGAACCUCUAGGAGAAGACGAGGCUCAAGCUGGACAAACCUCACAAGAACAUGAGCGACAUGGUUUUUCUAAAUCUGAUGUACAAAGCUUGCCAGGCUCUCAACAUUCUGCAGUCAGUGGAAAACCUGAGAAUGUUUUUGACAUCCGAGGUGGGGAGAGCACCACCAACACUGGCCAAGACCUGAAUGCACAGCAAGCGACAACCGAAGCCUCUUUAAAACCAGAAGGGCAUCAUGUUGAAAUGAGUCCACUGAGAGAUAUAAAUGAAAGCAGCGACAAAACCGACACACAAAGCCAGCAAGUUACACAAAUAACCAAAUUCACGACUUCUCUAUCUCUCGAUGGAAGUCGGGAUGAAUUCCACGGUGAAAAAAUCCACCGUAAAGCGUCAGAAGGGAGCUUUAUCGGGGGCAGAAGAGACGUGCAGCUGAUCCAAGACAUCAAACACACACUCAGCAAAGACAGGCUGAGCACGUUCUCAGUGGACGAAUCGUUGUUCGGCCACACUUCAUAUCCUUUACUGACAAGUGCGAGGACUGAGAGUCGGCAUUAGGUCUCCUUCGUAUAGAGCAGGGGUCAGCAACCCGCGGCUCUUUAGCGCCGCCCUAGUGGCUCCUGGAGCUUUUUCAAAAAUGU